AACUGGGCUUGUAACCGAAAAGCGAGUUUGUGUCCAAUCUCCAGUGAUAUCUUUGUAUUGCUGUUCAAGGUAUAGGCUACUUAAUCGGAUUUGCAUCAGUACAGUUGUCAGUGAAAACUAUGCAACACGACUUAACCUCUGUAAGCCAUUCUGGAUAAGCGUGUGCUAAAUGUAUUGCUCAAUAUAACUCUUUUGAUAGAAAUAUGUGGUGAAAUCGCACAGUAACCUAGCAGUGAAGUUGUACAUUGUAAAUGUGCUUGUAGGUGUACUUUCAUGGCCUCAAAACAAAAUUGCUUUAGUGGGUUGGUUAGCUUUUUUAUUCCUUUAUAUAGCAAUGGAGGUGAAAUGUAUGUCUUAUCUGUAAGAUACCUUGAACUAGCAAAGUGGGAGGAGAGAAAUCACAGUGAGGAAACAACACUGCACGGCCGACCAUCCAUUUUCCCAUUUUGUGAAACGAGGAAGCAUGUUUGAUACUUCUUGAGAAAUAACUGGAAAGAAAAUGGAAAUCAAUGAAACUGAGGGAACAGAACCUGGCAGCCCCUCAGAGGUGAACAUUGUCUUACUGGGCAGGACAGGUGCUGGGAAAAGUGCUUCUGGAAACACCAUCCUGGGAGAAAAGAAGUUUGAGUCGAAAUUUGGCGCCAAGUCCAAGACAAGAGAAUGUAAGGAGGCGACAGCGGUUGUUUCAGGAAGACGGGUGACGGUGCUGGAUACGCCAGGACUGUAUGACACAACGCAUGGCAUGGAGAGAAUUGAAGAUGAAAUACAAAAAGUGAAAGCAUUUUCGCGCCGAGGUCGAUGUAUAUUUCUCCUGGUGAUUGAGCUGGGUCGAUUCACAGAGGAAGAGGAGAAAUCCAUAGAGAAAAUCCACGAGUUCUUUGCUCAUGAACCCUUAAGUAAAUUCAUGGUCCUUUUCACCAAUGGGGAUAGGUUAGAGGGAACUAUUGAGGAGUUCCUUGAAGAAGCAGAUGAUGGUCUUAAAGAGCUAAUGGACCAGUUUGGCUGGAGAUAUCAUGUCUUCAACAACAAAUCCAACCCUGAUGACACACAAGUUGUGGAGCUCUUGGAUAAAAUUGACCGCAUGUUGAUGCAAAGAGAACAUGGAAAUUUUGAGGAAAUUCUUGAAGAUCUUAGCAACCCAGAUGCUAUUGUUGACGAUAUUUUACAGGACACGGAUAUUUCCCAACUUCUCGAAGGGGAAGACGAGGAGACAGCGCAGGAACCGCGGAGGCUCGUUCUUCUUGGGAAGGCAGGAACUGGGAAGAGCAGCACAGGAAACACAAUCCUGGGCAGAGAUGGGUUUGAAUCACAGGGUGGGCUAUCUUCAGUUACACGCCAGUGUGAGAGACUAGAGGGGGUGGCGUGUGGGAGAAAAGUUGAGGUGGUGGACACGCCGGGCUUUUUCGGAACUUCAGGUUCGGAAGAGGAAAUCACAAAGGAAGUUGUGAAAAGCGUUUGUCUGUCUGCACCUGGACCUCAUGCGUUUAUUUUAGUCAUUUCUUUAAAGGAGCGGCUCACAAAAGAGGCAAAGGACACCAUUAUGGAGCUUCACAGGAGAUUUGGUGAUGAUUUUAAAAAAUACACCAUUAUACUGUUCAGCCAUUUGGAUGCAUUUGGCCAGAAUAAGACAGUUGAAGAUGUGAUUCGUGAGAUUAACUCUGACUCAGAACUCCGUGAACUCUUCUCUCCCUUUGAGAACAGGAUUCACGCUUUUGAUAAUAAUAAUAGGAACAAUCGUGGUCAGGUUGAAAAACUGCUCGAGAAGAUCGAUGGCAUGGUAACGCAGAACGGGGGAGACUGUUACACAGAUGAGAUGUACAGAAAGGCAAACGAGACUAUCGGACAAAAGGUGGCUAGACUUUUCAGAGCGUGUAAAGAGGCGAUUUGUAGAAAAAUACAGGCACUGUCUGAGGAAAUCAGGACUAAACUGACCUGGGACAGAAUAGAAUCAUUCUUCAUGAAAGCUCUUAGGAAAAAGUUUACAAAUUCCGAGAAAUGCCAUGAAGGUUGUUAUAAAAUGGGAAAGAUGCAGAUGAGUGUGCAAAUUUCAUGUUAGGCAGAAUAGUAUA